AUGUAUCAAGGUCGGCGAAGUGCAAGACGAUUAGUUCAAAUAUUCGGUGUUUCUGGUAGUACCAUGCGUCGAAUAAUAAAGGACGAUCUUAAUUUACAUACUUAUCGUAUUAAAACCCAACCAAAAUUAAGCGACGAUCACAAAAAAAGAAGAACGUCGUUUGCAUAUUGGGUGCGAAAAUCAUUAAGAAAAGAAGAUCAUGGUAAGAUUUUAUUUACCAAUGGAAAACACUUUUCAUUAGAAGGUGUAUUUAAUCGUCAAAAUGAAUGUGUUUACGCCGUUAGUCGAGAGGAGGCAGAUAAGCAAGGAGGCAUAAAACAACAAGCUAAAUAUCCAAAAAUAAUCAUGGUGUGGUUAGGUGCCUCAAAAAAUGGUCUUACGUCUCCGAUCAUUUUUACACCUGGUGAAACAUUAUCACACAAGAAUUAUUUUGAAGUCAUUCUUCCACAUGCACAAUCUGAAGGUAGCCGGCUAUUGGAUGAUGAUUUUAUCUUCCAACAAGACAACGCCACACCACACAUUCAUGAUAAAUCGUUGGCAUGGUGUGAAGAAAAUUUCGCACAAUUUAUUAGCAAUCGUACAUGGCCAUCAAGUAGUCCUGAUCUUAAUGUUCUGGAUUAUUACGUACGGGAUGCUAUCACCAAUAAUAUGCGGUGGGCAAGAUUAAAAAUUAUGAUUCAUUAA